GUGUAAUUAAGAAAAAUUAUCAACUCAUUAAAAUUCUAGUAUUGCAAUUGUGGUUGGAACAAAAGCCAGCAUGCGCAUUGGUCCCCCAGGGCUGAAUUUGAGGACCACUGAACUAAUAGGUAUUCCCAAAUCUAAACAGAACAACAUAGCAGCAGUCACCAAAUUACUAAUACCAAUUUAGCACUUGAGUACGCACACUCCUUGCACAAAAAUAAAUAUACCAUUAAAUCUACUCCCAAACUCUGUACUUUUGCCCCAGUCAGCCAGUUGAUGUUGUUUCGUCACCUGCCUUAAAAUUCGCCUACAAUACAAGCAAGGAAUAAGAAGUAAUAAAAAUGAUUAUUGUAAUGCUGUGUGUGUGUAGUAUAGUUGAAUGACAUCAAUUGCUGUUAGAGGACAUUUUACAUGGAAUAUUACUCAAAGUUAAAAUGCAAGUUAACAAGUCAAAUUUCACCUCAAAUGGAAUCUACUUUACUUCAGAGACUAGAAAUUUGCAUUUGCAUCGUCUAAUAAGCUAUUACACAUGUUACAGAAAACAUAGCUUCAGCAUGGGGGAAUCGUAAUUUCCCUGGCAUCAAAUAAGUCCAGACCAAACGAUCCUGGUGUGAAAGCAUCCUCAAAUUGGCUUUAUUCCCAUCUCGCUUUCCCCGGGACAUUGCUUCCCCUCCCCCAACGUCCCCUUGCUGCAGCCAGUAGUAUGGAGCAGGAUCACCUGACAUCCAGAAGAUGAAGAGAGGUGGGUCUCAUAUGUUGAGUGGUGUCUGCUGGAGGCUAGCCAUUUUCUUCGCUAACUCGGUUUGGCUAGGCAUGUCUGAAGGUUCACACUCAAACUGGGCGUUUGUAACACUUAUCUACGGGCAAACCCAAUUCCCAGAAUUCAGUAUUUUGGCAUUUGUGGAUGAUCUUCAGGUGCUGUACUAUGACAGCAACAUCAAGAAAAUUAUCCCUCGAAGCCAACCAAGCUCCACAAAGGAAGUUGAAGAUAUUAUGCUUCUAGGUGCAAACAUUGUGGUAGAAGACAUUUACAGUGGCAUGAAACAUCCCACACAUGUAAGGUUCUUCGCCAAUCACACUGGAGGAGUUCGUGUUCAUCAGAAGCUGGCUGGAUGUGUGCUGGACAAUGACAAGUCCAGUCAGGUCAUGGUGUGGGAUGCUUAUGAUGGAACAGAAGCGAUAUAUUUUGGCAAGCAUAAUUUCACAGUCAACCCUCUAUGGCCACAGCUUAUGUGGAUCACACAGGUAGCAGAGAUUUUUCAAACGGAUUUAAGAGCUAUUUAUCAGCCUAUUUGUAUCCAAAUACUGAAGUACUAUCUGGAGAAAGAAAAGAACAUUGUGCUUAGAAAAGAGCGGCCCAGAGUCCGACUAAUCCAGAAGACAUGCAGGGAGACUGGAGUGGUGAAGGUGUGCUGUCUGGCCACUGGCUUCUACCCCCGGCACAUCAACCUGACCAUGCUGAGAGACGACCGUCCCAUUCCAGACGAGGAGCUCAUUUUCGGGGAGGUGUUACCCAACGGAGACGGGACGUACCAGACGAGGAGAACCCUUAGUAUCAGUUCGGAGAAAGCGAGAGAGAAACACCGUUACACCUGCUCUGUCACACACCUUGCUCUGGACAACAAGCUGGACAUCAACUGGGAAUCAGGUGAAGGCGCUAAUGUUGCAGUCAUCAGUUCUGUGGUUGUAGUGCUGGUUCUGCUUCUGGUUCUGGUUCUGGUUUUGAUCUUUGCCAUCUCUGUGUUUAUCGUCUGUAAGAAGAGAUGCAGAGGCAUCUAGACCUCCUUUGGAUACUUGCUUGCUAAAGUUUCAGAGUCAGAAGACCCAGCUUCACACUCCUCUAUCAUUUAAAAAUCCUUUAUUGUACCUGGUCAGGUUGAGUAAUUUUCUUUUUAGUAUUCAAUGGAAUUUCAGACUCUGCUCAUGAUGCAUAUUCCUCCAAUGAUACACCUGCUUAGACACAUUUUUGAAUUGUGUGUUGAACACCGACUCAAUAAUUUCAGUUCUUUAGCCUUCACCUACCUUAUUUGAAAAAUGGACCAGAUCUAUUGUGAAUGCAGUUACUAAGAAAAUUAAGUGCAAUUAAAUUUAACUAUUUUGCUUCAAAGUCAAAUUAUCGAUUGUAAAGUAAUCCCUAGCGAUCAGUAUUUUGAUACUUGAAUGAUUUCUAUUUUAUGUGUUAAUUAUGAAUCUGUGGUGUGUAUCUUGGAGGGUUAUUUUGGAGUGUAAAGGGAACUAUAUUGCAAUCUGAAACUUUGGAAUCCCACUCUGGAAUCCUACAACCUAAAUAUUACAAGUACAGAGCAAUAUUUUAAUUCUCACACCUGGAAAAUAUUACACUCCUAUAAUUAAGUGGAAUUGUAAGGCCGUGGAUAAGCGCUUUGUCUUUGCAGUGUUUCUGUAGAGUGAGCAGACAUCUCGAAACAGCCAGCCGACACAAGGAUUUGUCCUCUGACUGCUUUAAUCCCUGGGAAAGGUAUGGAUUGGCUGUUACUCCAAUUUACACAGCACCGCUUAGCUAUAGCUUUUAGGCUAGCUAUCUUCCAUUCAGCAAGAAUACCAGAAAACUGCUGCUGCGUCUCCAUGCAUUUUUUUCUCUUUUCUUCCCUUCCACACGGCGCCACCUCCUCUCUCUAAAUUUUAAAUUUACGGAGGCCUUAGUUAUCUGGUGAUCUUGACAUAGCAAAAGUUUUCUUGUGAUCUUGUGCCCUCCCAUAAUUCCAAAUUGCUACAGUGAAAAUGCACAAAAUCCCGUACAUGAAUACCUGGGAAGGUCUUCAGGAAUAUUUUGGACUUUGCAGAAAAUUGUUUGAUUUCAUAAUUUUAUUGAAUUUUAAAAAGUGGUAUGUAUAAAAUUGAAUUAACAUUUUGGAGGAUUUUACCAUCCCAUGAAUCCAGAAU